AUGGACCCCGUGGACAAUACGCGCCAGACACCCGAGAGCGCCGCUUACCCCAGCGCCUGCAAGGCCCUGGCCGCCACCAACGCGAGCGUCGCCAUCGCCGGCGCGGGCGUGAUCGGUGCCACCAACCCCGACGGCAGCAACUGGCGCCGCUUCUGGGCCAGCGCUGGCCCCGGCUCCUGGCUCAGCGUCAUCAGCCGCGCCGGGCACACCAAAUGGCUGCAGGGGUCGCGCGCGGAGUGCUGGUGCCUCGACCGGGCGUUCAGCGGCGGCGGCGCGGCGCGCGAGGUGGUGCUGGCGGCCACGGCCGCGUGCAUGGUCGCGUGGUUCAGGCAGCAGCUGGCGGAGGCCUCGAUGCCGCACCCGCAGCAGCAGCAGCGGCAGCAGCAGCAGCAGCAGCAAGGCGGGCGCGAGGUCAACGCCGAAAGCAAGGCGCUGGCCCAGCAGCCCGCUGCACGGCAGGUGGCAGUGUCCGCCGCGGCCACCCACGGCGCCGCAGCGGUGGCGCCGCCGCCCUGCGCCCCGGGUUCGCCGCGCGGCGCGCCGUUGCCGGAGGCGCUUGCGCCCGCGCUGGGGCCGCUGGUGGAGGCGGCGGAGCUGGUGUUCAGCAUCAAGGGGGGUGCCUCCGCCACAUCGCACCCCCUGGAGGCUUGA